AUAUAUAUACAGCGUUGCGCAAUCUCUUCCUGUUGUGGAUAACCCUAUGACUCGGGUCCAUGCUGGUAUCCGUGGACGAAUAAGUCUUGCAUCCCACGGAGGUGAAGACACUGCUGAAGACCCUUGGUGUUUAUAAAACGCUUGUAAAGAUCUCAAAUCCUUAUUCGUCUCGAAAAUUCAUUACUCGUCCAGGAGUUAGCUACAUUUCUCUUGAGAAAUGAUGUUGCUCUCCGCACUUCUGUUGUUGAGCAUUUUGGGAAAUGCCUAUGGGACGUUUCGUAUCCCUAUUCUCAGUGCACCCUUAAAUACCUUUCCUGCACCAACUUUAAACAAUUUUAAAGCUUUUAACCAAGAAUAUUUUGAUAAAGUGACAACCUAUGAUGUUUGGCAGACACCAAGGAGCGUAGGAGAGGGGAUAAGUCCAUUCAAUGUUAUUGUGGACUCUACUCUUAAUACAGUAAUUCUUGACGCUUACGUACUGCUUGACCGGGGUCAACUCACAAUCGAGAUGCUCGAGAUACAAAAGUUAUAUAAUUGCACGGUUUGUUAUUCCAUGAAAGAUCAAGAUCUUAGAGAUUACACUGCUCUUACCGUGAUAGACCUAACAAAUUUGGGGGGCAAGACAAUUGGAGAAAUUCAUGCAUUUGCUGUUGAAGCAAUGGAGAAGAAAUUUUGUUUCAACAUGACAGUCUUGGAACAAAUGCUAAAUCUUUCGUCUUUAAGAGUGAUCAAUGACCAAUGGCCUUUAUUUGUACCACAUAUCGUUUCUGCAGCUAUAAAAUGCCGUGCUGAUCAACUUGGUGUAACUGUCUCUGAACUGGCGGAACUUUUAAACACAAAUAAUGAAACAUUGUACGGCUAUAACAUGAAUCAACUCGAUGACAUAUUUUUCCCGGCGUUUGACGACUUGGUUGCUCGUAAGAAUCUGUUUGAAAAUCAAACGUUCUCCAUUGCUAUAGCAGGAAUGACGGUUGCUGAAUGGCAAUCUAAGACUAUGGCAUACUAUGCAAAUACUAUAAGCAAGUUCUCAGUACGUCAUCUUGAGAUAUUAUACAGAUGGAAAUCGGCACAGCUUUUCGCCAUAGAAAAUAUAAUGUUGUCCAGUUAUUUCUCUCAAUGCAUUCCUUUGUCAACUGUUGGCUCUGCCUUUGAUCUAUCUAAGACAAUAUUUGGAUAUCAAACUACACUUCCUUCAUGUAAUGUUGCCUUUGUUUUAUCUCGAUCUUUGGGUGAAGAUGAGGUCAGAUUCAAUCUUGCUACGAUCACGGACAGAAAUAUUUUAAACAUUGUAAGAAACGCAAGUGGUAUUAGUAGCUGGUUUGAUUUUUAUCAGUUGCUGUUCACAAUUUCGGAAGGUAUUUGGAUGGAGACUCCUCUUGUUUCUCAAGUUCAACUGGCCCAAAGCCUCUCCAAUGCUCAAAUCCUCACCUAUUCGGUUCCACAAAUCGCGUACGCAAUCAGAACUUUAAAUAGUUCCAGUGCAUUGAGUGACAUUAUGAAGAACAAUUAUCAGCAAUAUCUUUCACUCUUGUUGCAAACGUAUGGCUUUUCGAAAUCCAGUCUGGCCUCCUUAACAGGACGAACUGGGGCUCAAAUUGACGAUUUAACGAUACAAGAGGCUCACAGUCUCGUAUUUGAAGCGUUAUACCUGCGAUACGAUAUUGUUGAAUUUUUAAGCAAGUUUAAUCCAGCAGGCGUGGACAAAUAUGUUGCCAUUAAUCUUCCCUCAUUUGAAUGGUACCGACUGGUAAAAGCAGCUAUUGAGAAAUCAUUUGAUCAACUAUCGAUAGCUUUCUCGACAAAUCUUACAGCAGGAACAGGUGGUGUUUCAGUUGUGACACUUGCAGAUGGAACAUCUUCAAUUAGAGUUCAAACUGGCAGCGCACCCAGUACCUUUGUAAUCACAGUAACUCAUUUGGCGUCAUGCUUGGGUACCACAGUAUUAGAAAUAUACCAAAGAACCAUGUCUGGGUAUCAAACACUGUAUCAAACCUCAGCCGUACCACUGAUGAAUAAAAAGAUCGUUUUGGAAACGGAGAAGUUUGAAGAUUUGUUAACGAGACUUGGAACAACAUUUGGAAAUAUUGACAGUGAAACUGUUGGUGAAACAAUCCAGAAUCGCGUUGGACUGACCGCAGAACAGUUGCGUUGCAUGUAUGGAUGGUCAUCUGAAUUCACAUCUUUCCUGUUUGGAAUAAGCUGGAAAAAUGUUAGCUCGUUCCGCCUUUGUGGCAAUUUCGUCUCUUGGCCUCUUCAUAGGAUUGCUUUGGCACUAAAAUAUUCCACGCCAACUAUUUGUGAAUUAUGUUCCACGAACCCUUGUGAUGCUAACGCAAACUGUACCAACACAAUCGGUUCAUAUACUUGUACUUGUCAUACUGGUUUCUCUGGAAAUGGACGAACUUGUACAGAUAUCGAUGAAUGCGUAUUAAAGACUGAUGACUGUAGCCCGAAUGCUAACUGUACAAACACUAUUGGCUCAUUCACGUGUCAGUGUAAGACAGGUUAUUCUGGAGACGGAAGAACUUGCACAGAUAUUGAUGAAUGCUUGUUAAAUAUUGAUAACUGUGGUCAAAAUGCUAAUUGUGCAAACACACAAGGAGGUUUCACUUGUACAUGCAGGGCUGGUUAUAGUGGAGAUGGUCUAUCUUGUAAUGACAUAAACGAGUGUACUCUCAAUCUACAUAAUUGCCAUGUUAAUGCCACAUGUACUAACAUAUUUGGUUCGUUUACUUGUCAAUGUAAAUCUGGGUUUACUGGAAAUGGAGUCAUUUGUGAUGAUAUUAACGAGUGUACAACUGGUACUCACGACUGUCAUCCUAACACCAACGAGGCCUCAUGUACAAACACGAUUGGUUCAUUUAGGUGCGCUUGUAAAACUGGUUUUACAGGCGAUGGAAAAACAUGUACAGAUAUCAACGAAUGCGUCCUUAAUACUGACAACUGUCAUACUCAAGCUAGCUGCACAAACAACCAUGGAUCAUACACAUGUGCGUGCAACGUUGGUUGGACUGGAAAUGGAUUUUCUUGUAUUGACAUCGAUGAAUGUGCUAGUAAUACAGAUAAUUGUCAUAACACCCGAGCGACAUGUAACAACAACCCUGGGUCCUUUUCAUGUGCUUGUAAUGCUGGAUACAGUGGAAAUGGCACUAACUGUGUUGAUAUUGACGAAUGCGCACUUGGAACUGACAACUGUGACGGUCAAGCAACUUGUUCUAAUACGAUCGGAUCAUUUACCUGCGCCUGUAAGAUUGGUUACACAGGGGAUGGAGUGACGUGUACAGAUAUCGAUGAAUGCCAGCUCAAUUUAGACAAUUGUCAUUUGAAUGCGACAUGUACCAAUACAGAAGGAUCAUUCCUUUGUGCUUGUCGACCAGGUUUUACAGGAGACGGUCUUGUAUGUACAGAUAUUGACGAGUGCGCACAGGGCACCGAUCUCUGUGACAGACAAAAUGGACGUUGUUUCAAUGUCAAGGGAUCGUACACUUGUACUUGCAAUGACGGUUACCGUGGAGACGGAAGGACUUGUGUAGACAUUGACGAGUGUGCGGAACAAACUGACAAUUGUGACGCUAAUGCUCAGUGUACAAACAAUCCUGGUAAUUUUAGCUGUGCUUGUAAACCUGGCUUUUCUGGAAAUGGAGUCGUUUGUGACAACAUCAACGAAUGUGCUCUUGGAAUUCACAAAUGUCAUGUGAACGCCACGUGUACAGAUACCAUUGGUUCAUUUACAUGUCAGUGCAAGACUGGAUUCCAAGGCAAUGGAGUAUCUUGUACAGACAUUGAUGAGUGUGCGACGAAUAUAGACACAUGUAGUUCAGAUGGCAUUUGUGAGAAUACAAUGGGAAGUUAUACUUGUAGAUGUAAAGUUGGUUUCAGUGGAGAUGGCAGAACAUGCACAGAUAUCGACGAGUGCAUAUUGGGUACACAUAAUUGUGAUCCAAACGCAAAUUGCGCAAACACAAGAGGAUCCUUUACCUGUACUUGUAAGACUGGUUUUGAAGGAAAUGGAGUCAGUUGCACAGACAUUGAUGAGUGUGCACGUGCAACUCACAACUGCCCAAGCUCCUCAACUUGUGUUAAUACCCAGGGAUCGUUCAUAUGCCAGUGUGGAUCCGGUUUAAGGCUACUAAACGGUGUCUGUGUUGAUAUCAACGAAUGCGAUUCUGGUUUACAUAACUGUCAUAUACAUGCCAAUUGUUUUAACAGCUUCGGGGCAUUUUCCUGCGUGUGCAAAACUGGAUAUGCUGGGAAUGGUACAUACUGCGAAGAUAUCGACGAAUGUGCAGCUAAUACUGACAAUUGUCACGUGAAAGCUGAUUGCACGAACACGAUUGGUUCUUUUACCUGUAAUUGUCAUGUUGGUUAUGAAGGAAAUGGUACCAAUUGUGAUGAUAUUGACGAAUGUGGAAGAAAUAUGGACAAUUGUCAUACCAACGCCAACUGUACCAACAUUGUGGGAUCAUUCCAAUGUGCCUGCAAAGCAGGAUACAAUGGAAAUGGAGUCAUUUGUUCAGAUAUUGACGAGUGUUUAUUAAACCAAGAUAAUUGUCACAGCAAUGCACAGUGUUCAAAUACACAAGGAUCGUUUAAGUGCAUCUGUAAUACAGGCUACACUGGAGAUGGAAGAACUUGUAAUGAUAUUGAUGAGUGCAAUCGGAAUACUGAUGACUGUCAUCAAUUUGCCACCUGCACCAACAUCAUCGGUUCAUUUGAAUGUCGAUGUAAUGCAGGGUAUGAAGGAGAUGGUGUAAACUGUCGAGAUGUUGAUGAAUGCCUUAAUAAUCUUGAUAACUGUGCUGUGGGUAUUGCCACGUGCACAAACACUGAGGGCUCUUAUACUUGUGCUUGUAAUCCUGGAUACUCUGGAAAUGGGCGUGUGUGUGUUGACGAUGAUGAAUGUACUCUUGGAACUGACAAUUGUCACGAUACGUUAGCAAUCUGCACGAACACACCUGGAUCAUUUGAGUGUACAUGUAAAGCAGGCUUUAAUGGAGACGGGGUCAACUGUACCGAUAUCGGGGAAUGCAACAGAAACCCUUGUCAUGUAAAUGCAAUCUGUACAAAUACAUUUGGAGGCUUUAACUGUAGCUGUAAACCUGGUUAUGCUGGAAACGGUUUAACAACAUGUAAUGAUAUCAAUGAAUGUAACGGCAAUCCGUGUCAUCAAUUCGCCACUUGUAAAAACACUGAUGGAUCGUUUACCUGCACCUGUGAUACCGGGUAUGCCGGAAAUGGCUUCAUCUGUCUAGAUGUUGACGAAUGCUUGGAUCCGAACAGAUGUCAUAAUUCAGCGAAAUGCGUAAAUACCGUAGGAUCAUUUACAUGUACAUGUAAUGCUGGCUAUUCUGGAGAUGGUUUCGCUUGUAUUAAUAUCAACGAGUGUUUGACAGAUCCUUGUGACCCAAAUGCCAAGUGCGAUGAUCUUCCAGGUACUUUCACGUGUACGUGUAACACAGGCUAUAAAGGAGAUGGAUUUACUUGCACAAAUAUCGAUGAAUGUACGACAUUGAGUCCUUGUAGUGUUGAUGCGGUCUGUGCUGACACUCCUGGUUCUUUCACGUGUACUUGUAAAACAGGUUUCAUAGGAAAUGGAUUAACAUGUGCAGAUAUUGAUGAAUGCGAUAAUAACCCAUGUGACACAAACGCUACAUGUACAAACACACGAGGCAGUUAUCUUUGUAAUUGUAACUCUGGAUUCGCCGGAGACGGAGUCACCUGUGUCAAUAUCAACGAAUGCAGAAAUGAUCCAUGCCAUGCUCAAGCCACUUGUGUAGACACGCUUGGUUCCUACACUUGUACCUGCAACCAAGGAUAUACUGGAAAUGGUGUCCUUUGUGAAGAUAUCAAUGAAUGUACCAAUUCAACAACUUCUCCGUGCCACGCUAGGGCUACCUGUACUAAUACACAAGGAUCUUAUAGAUGUGCUUGCAAUAUUGGUUACUCGGGAGAUGGAAAGCUUCUUUGUAAUGAUAUCGAUGAAUGUCUCGGUAACCCAUGCAGCGUCCAUGCAACUUGUGCAAAUACAGUUGGAUCAUUUCAAUGCACGUGUAAGCCUGGCUUUAACGGAAAUGGACUAUUUUGCUCAGACAUCAAUGAAUGUGAGCAAAAUCCAUUCCCUUGCGCUGCUGGUCGAGCCACUUGUACAAAUCUGAUUGGUUCAUACAUGUGUAACUGCACUACUGGUUUUACUGGCGAUGGUGCUGUCUGCACUAAUAUCGACGAAUGUCUAACGAGUCCUUGUGACACCAAUGCACGAUGUGAAGACACGAUUGGCUCCUUCCUCUGUACUUGUAAAACAGGAUUCUUUGGCAAUGGAUUCAAUUGUGCGGACAUCGACGAAUGUAAAGUAUCAAGUUCUUGUCAUUCCCAAGCUACAUGCCAAAACAAUAUAGGAUCGUUCACUUGUAGUUGUAAUACUGGAUACGUGGGAAAUGGUCAAAUCUGUGUUGAUAUUAACGAGUGUCCAGGCAAACCAUGUGAUCCUAACGAUAACGCUAACUGUACAAACAGCCCUGGAUCCUACUUAUGUCGUUGUAACCCUGGCUUCCAAGGAAAUGGAUUGAUUUGUAAUGAUAUCAACGAAUGUAAUGUAACUAGACCCUGCAACACCCUGGCCAACUGCGUCAACACGAUUGGUUCUUUCAAAUGUAGUUGUCAGACAGGUUAUUCUGGAAAUGGUCUACAGUGUGCUGAUAUCAACGAGUGCGUGGAGGCCCCUUGUGAUUCAAACGCUGCGUGUUCGAAUUCACCUGGGUCAUUUGAUUGUUCCUGCAAAACAGGAUACACUGGAAACGGAUUAAGUUGUUCCGAUAUUGAUGAAUGUGCUGGAUCACCAUGUCAUACAGAUGGUUCUUGUGCUAAUACUCCGGGUUCUUUCCAAUGCACGUGCAAACCUGGAUACUCUGGAAAUGGUUUCGUUUGUCUCAACAUUGACGAGUGUGCCACUGGGACUCAUAAUUGCAGUCAGUUUGCUACAUGCAGGGAUACUGCUGGAUCUUAUGAAUGUAAUUGCAAUCCAGGGUACACUGGGGAUGGAAGGACGUGUACAGAUAUUGAUGAAUGUGUUUUAUUCAAUUUCUGUCACGUGGAUGCCAAAUGUACAAAUACGCAGGGUUCCUUCACAUGUGCUUGUAAUCCUGGUCACACUGGUGAUGGUAAAACAUCUUGUGUUGAUAUCAACGAGUGUUUGACAAAUCCAUGUUCUCCUAACGGUACCUGCACGAACAGCAAAGGUUCAUUUGCUUGUAAAUGUAAACCAGGAUUCAGUGGAAAUGGCGAAAUAUGUAAUAACAUCAAUGAAUGUGUAGUAGACAGUCCAUGCCAUUCAAAUGCAAAUUGCACGGACACAUUUGGUUCUUUCAUUUGCAAGUGUAAAACUGGCUACACCGGAGAUGGUUUUAUCUGUACUGAUAUUGAUGAAUGCCAAACAAAUCCAUGUCACGCUAAUGCUGCGUGUCAAAAUAUGCCCGGAAGCUAUACAUGUGCGUGUAAUGUUGGGUACUCCGGAGACGGCUUUAAUUGUGUGGAUAUCAAUGAAUGUGAUAACGACCCAUGCCAUGCUAAUGCCAGGUGUACUAAUAAUGCUGGAUCAUUUUCGUGUGUCUGUAAUUCUGGUUAUGAGGGCUCAGGUUUCAUAUGCACUGACAUAAACGAGUGUAUUGAUCCAGCGUUAAAUACAUGUCAUCAAAAUGCUGAUUGCUUAAACAUCCCUGGGUCACACCAGUGUCGCUGUAAAGUUGGAUACACUGGAAAUGGAAUCCAGUGUGUAGACAUAAACGAAUGUCUUACUGCAACCUCUUGUCACAUCAAUGCAAAUUGUACCAAUACGGACGGAUCGUUUGAGUGUGCCUGUAGAGCGGGUUAUGUUGGAGAUGGUAUUAACUGCGCAGACAAAGACGAGUGUUUAGAUAAUCCUUGCCACGCAAAUGCUACGUGCGAAAACAGGGAUGGUACCCACCGUUGUUACUGUAAAACUGGUUUUACUGGAGAUGGACAAUUUUGUGCCGAUAUCGACGAAUGUUUGACCAAUCCCUGUCACGUUGAUGCCACGUGUACAAACACAAUUGGCAGCCAUUACUGUACUUGCAAGGAUGGUUAUAGAGGAAAUGGACUGCAGUGUACAGACAUCAAUGAAUGUGAUGCGAACCCAUGUCACAGAUUUGCAACAUGCACAAACCGUCCCGGGACCUACCAAUGUGCUUGCGAUGUUGGUUUCUCUGGAGAUGGAGUUAAUUGUGUUGACAUUGAUGAAUGUCUGACCAACACGGACGACUGCGCAGAUGGACCAUCAGGAACAUGUACAAAUACAAAUGGAGGUUUUAUUUGUACUUGUAACACAGGAUACACUGGAAAUGGAAAGAUAUGUGUUGACAUCAAUGAGUGCGAUGAUGAUCCGUGUCACGUGAACGGUAUUUGCAGGAACACGGCUGGUAGCUACACCUGCGCAUGUCAGACAGGCUUCUCUGGAAAUGGUUUCUUGUGUGUUGACAUAGACGAAUGUUUACAAGCGGAUAUUUGUCACGAUAACGCAACAUGUACAAACACACAUGGAUCGUACAUGUGUUCUUGCAAUACUGGCUACAGUGGAAAUGGAACGACUUGUAGAGAUAUUAAUGAAUGUCUGUUGGCACCAUGUCAUGACAAAGCGCAUUGUUCCAACACUGAUGGUUCGUUCUUUUGCACCUGUUAUUCUGGCUAUAUUGGAAAUGGUUUUGUAUGUAUUGAUAUCGACGAAUGUCUUCGUAGUCCCUGCCACUCUUUGGCUUCAUGUAGAAAUACUCCUGGCAAAUAUAUCUGUACUUGCAAUCAAGGCUACCAGGGGAAUGGAACCCACUGUGUCGAUAUUGACGAAUGUUUGACGAACGCUUGUGGAGACAAAUCGGCCUGCACAAACACCCCUGGAGGUUUCACAUGUCAAUGUGCUGCAGGUUACGCUCUCAGACCAUCAGGAUGUAUUGACAUCAACGAGUGUGAUUCAAAUCCAUGUGAUAGUAAUGCUGUGUGUGCCAAUACAGAAGGCUCAUUCAAAUGUACCUGCAAUACUGGUUAUAAUGGAACUGGACUUGUCUGCACAGACAUUAAUGAAUGUCUUAACAGCCCAUGUCAUACGGACGGAAAAUGCACAAACACACCUGGUUCAUUUAGAUGUUCCUGUAAAGAUGGUUUCAGCGGAAGUGGCUUCUUCUGUGGAGAUAUCAAUGAAUGCUUGGAUGAUCCUUGUCAUGCCAUGGCUACUUGUACGAAUACUGAAGGAUCUUAUACAUGUGACUGUAAUACCGGUUAUGAAGGAAGUGGGGAGCUUUGUAGAGACAUUAACGAAUGUAACAGCAAACCAUGUGAUGCAAAUUAUGGAAUAUGUACCAACCAACCAGGAUCGUUCACAUGCCAGUGUAGAACGGGAUUCUUUGGUGACGGAGUCACUUGCAAUGACAUUAACGAAUGUAUUGUCAACAAACCAUGUCAUGAACGAGCUGUGUGUAAUAACACUGCUGGGUCAUACUUCUGUACCUGUUCAACUGGAUGGAUUGGAAAUGGUCUAAACUGCAUUGACAUAAAUGAAUGUCUGGGUGGACCAUGUCACGUGAGAGGAAACUGUACUAACACACCCGGAUCUUACUUCUGUACGUGCGGCACAGGUUAUACCAUAAGAAAUGGAAAGGAGUGUGUUGACAUUGACGAAUGCCUAAAUAAUCCUUGCAAUAUAAAUGGAGAAUGCAGUAAUUUCCCAGGAUCGUACAGCUGUAGUUGCCGACCAGGAUAUUCAGGAGAUGGUUUCACUUGUGAUGAUAUUAACGAAUGCGUAGUAUCCAAUCCAUGUCACGAUCAGGCAGACUGUACUAAUAAGGUUGGAAGUUAUGAAUGCAAAUGCAAGCCUGGUUUCUCUGGCGAUGGUCUAAUAUGUACAGAUAUUGACGAAUGUUUGACUGUCAGCUGCCACGUGAACGCUAAUUGCAAUAAUAUCCCUGGCUCGUACUCAUGUGAUUGCAAACAAGGCUACAGCGGUGAUGGUCUCACUUGUGUCAAUAUCAAUGAAUGCUUGCAAAAUCCAUGUCACCAACUUGCUAAUUGCUUCGAUACUGAAGGAUCUUUUCGCUGUGAAUGUAAACCUGGUUACGCAGGAGAUGGUUUCAGCUGUGCCGAUAUUAAUGAAUGUCUCUCGCAGCCGUGUCAUGUCAACGGUAUUUGCAGCAACAGUGUAGGAUCAUACUCAUGCGCCUGUCAGGAAGGUUACACUGGUGAUGGUCAGAUCGCGUGUGAUGAUAUUAACGAAUGUUUGCGAUCUCCUUGUCAUGCGAAUGCAACCUGUACCAACUUCCCAGGGUCAUUCGUUUGCCGAUGUAAUGCCUUCUUUACUGGAGAUGGUUUCCAAUGCAGAGAUGUUGAUGACUGCUUGACAUUCCCAUGCCACGUUCGAGCUAAUUGUUUCAAUUUUGUUGGUGGUUAUGAUUGUAAAUGUAAAACUGGUUAUACUGGACCCGGUGUUUACUGUCGAGAUAUCGACGAAUGUGUUGAACGGGUAAAUGGACAAUUGCCUUGUCCAUCCUUGUCACUCUGUACAGAUAUGGAAGGUUCAUACAGGUGUGGUUGCCGUGAUGGCUAUAGUGGAAACGGCACUGUUUGUCAUGAUAUCGAUGAAUGUGCAAAACAACCAUGUCAUGUGCAUGCGAACUGUAUAAACUCCCCUGGAUCUCAUCAGUGUGUUUGUAAAGAAGGUUUUACUGGCGAUGGAAAAUCUUGUGUUGAGUUGGGUGUGUGUCCUAACGCUAGUCUCUGCGAUGUCAAUGCUGUGUGUGCAUUCUCAAAUGGCAGAGCUUACUGCAGUUGUAAAGCUGGUUUCUCUGGAGAUGGAACAACUUGUGCUGAUGUUGACGAAUGUCCAACAAAACCAUGCCAUGAAUUGGCUCAAUGUACAAAUACCGUUGGUUCUUAUGAGUGUCAUUGUCCCGCCGGCUUCACUGGAAAUGGAAAUCAGUGUACAGAUGUAAACGAAUGCGCGGCGAAUCCUUGUCCAUCAGGCAGUGUAUGUGCCAAUACUGUUGGAUCGUAUACCUGUUCCUGCCCGGAUGGAUUUGUCUUCCAACGUGAUAUGGGGAGAUGUUUUGAUAUCAAUGAAUGUUCAAACGGCAAUCCAUGCAGUCUUGGAACGACCUGUGUUAAUACAUUAGGCAGUUACUACUGUGAUCCAGUUCAAAAGUGUCCCUGUGGCGAUAUUAGAAUUGGCUCUGUGUGCAUUCAACCACUUCGUUAUCAUGUUUGUUUGGUCUUUGCUGAAGGCGCAUCGUAUUCGCCCGCUCUUCAUGAUAAUAGUUCUGUUGAAUACAAAUCACUCCGAGAAAAUCUAACGGCUGAGAUGAAUUAUCUUUUCUGGAAUUCUAACGUGAAAAACUAUUUCAUUGGAACAACGUUGUAUAGUUUCAGUCCUGACACGUAUGACAGCAGAAUUGUGUUGAAAUCUUGCUUUGUUGUGUUCCACUACAUGAACACAACUGGACUGACAGCUAUGAAAUUAUCUGAUGCCAUUGAAGAUUCAUCUGAGACUACUGGUGACCCUAACGAACUUAAAUUUGGCAAAGUCAAAAGUUUCUUGAUCGUAAAAAAUAAGAUACAAGCUUCAGAUGUCAAUGAAUGUAGUUCACAAUCCUGCCACCCAUGUCAUCAACUUGCUGCCUGUACUAAUCAACCUGGUACCUUCGGUUGCAACUGUCAUCAAGGUUUCAGCGGAGAUGGUAUUCUUUCCUGCCAAGAUAUCGAUGAAUGUGUAAACAACCCGUGUGGAAGUGGAUCGACCUGUACAAACACAGUUGGAUCGUACGAGUGUCAGUGCGAACCUGGAUUUUUACACAAUGGUCAUUCAUGUCAAGAUAUUAAUGAGUGUAUAUCUAACCCAUGUCCGUCUGAUUUUGAAUGCCUUAACAAUAUGGGAUCAUAUAAAUGCUUAGGCGAAUGCAAACGAGCUAUUGAUAUGGCAUUCGCAGUCGACACAUCAGGAUCUAUAGGCCUAGAUGAUUUCCGUCAAAUAAAGGAAUUUUUAUACGCAGCCGUUCGUGAACACGACGUUGGACCGGGUGUUGCUCAUUUCGCUGUGAUUCACUUCAGUACCACCGCUUCGGUGUUCUUCGAUUUCAACAGACUUCAAGGUGCUAAUCUGACGAAAGCGAAUGUGAAUAAUUUAAUCAGUAUGUUACCAUACGAAGGAGGCGAAACUCAUAUUGAUUUGGCAUUAAAGAUGGCUGACUCUAAGGUCUUUUCAACCGACGGUGGCUGGAGGCCAGCACAAAAUUUACCGAAGGUACUUGUUGUUAUAACAGAUGGUCAGCAAACACAAACUCAGCCACCUGCCAAUCUUACGCAGCUUGCUCAGAAUCUGAAGAACAAAGGAGUUGUUAUAAUAUCCGUUGGCAUAGGUUCCGCUGUGGACGCUUCACAAUUACGAGACAUAGCACAAGGUGUUGCCAGUAAUGUUAUCGAAAUUGAUAACUUCGCUCUCUUGAAAAAUAAGACGGACGUUUUGAUCGAACGUUCAUGUCGAGCUCCAAAUGAAUGUGAUUUAUACAGUCCAUGCAAUGCAAAUGCUAUUUGUACGGAUACUGAAGCCUCGUUCACAUGUGCCUGUAAGGAAGGAUUUAGUGGAGACGGAAUAACAUGCAUUGAUCUUAAUGAGUGCGUUUCGAACCCAUGUGAGGAUGGGGCUACCUGUCAAAACAUAGUCGGUGCUGCUGGUUAUCGAUGUAUUUGUGCUCGUGGUAAAGAAUAUGAUUACCAAAGCCGACGUUGCCAAGACAUUGAUGAAUGUGCUCGGAAAACCUUUUCUUGUCAUGUUAAUGCCGAAUGUGAGAAUACCAUUGGUUCAUACAACUGCACGUGCAAAGAAGGUUACACAGGCGAUGGAAAUACAAGUUGUGUUGAUAUCGAUGAAUGCUCACUCUCACCCUCAAGAUGCGAUAGAAAUGCAGACUGUGCCAACACCAUUGGUUCGUUUAUUUGCACAUGUCGUCCAGGCUACGAAGGCGAUGGCAUUGUAAACUGUCGUGACAUUGAUGAAUGUACUCGAAAUCUUCAUUCUUGUCAUGUUUAUGCUAAAUGUCAGAAUAUUUUUGGUUCAUACAACUGCAUGUGCAAGAACGGUUACACAGGAGAUGGAAAAACAAAUUGUACUGAUAUUGAUGAAUGCUCUCUCUCAAAAUGCACCGAUAAUGCAGACUGUGUCAAUAGCAUUGGUUCAUUUAAUUGCACAUGUCGUCAAGGUUUCGAAGGCGAUGGCAUUGCAAAUUGUGUUGACGUUGAUGAAUGUACUAAGAACAUUCAUUCAUGUAUUGCCGGUGCUGAAUGUCAGAAUACUUUUGGUUCACACAACUGCAUAUGCAUGAACGGUUACACAGGAAAUGGAAAAACAAGUUGUGUUGAUGUUAAUGAAUGUUUAAGCACACCUUCGAAAUGUAAUAAAAAUGCAGACUGUAAUAAUACUGAUGGGUCUUUUACCUGCACAUGUCAUGGAGGUUACUCUGGCACAGGUGUUGGAACAUGUGACGACGUGAAUGAAUGUAACGGCAACCACAACUGUCCAGCUACUUCACAAUGCAGUAAUAUGUUCGGAUCAUACAGAUGUGUGUGCCCAGCGCAACAAGCAGUAUACAAUGGCAUGUGUGUUGAUGUAGUGACUUACACCGUGGAGGUCGGUACUGAUGUAACUUAUAAACCUGACCAUCAGGAUGCAGGGUCUGAAGACUUUAGUGACGUAGCUAUGCCUAUCGAAGAUAAUCUGAAACGUAUUUUGAAAGAAAGUCCACUUGCUAACCAAACCGUAGGCGUUGUUGUUACCAGUAUAUCGAGUGACGGUGAUGGCAAGGCGAAAGCUCAUGUUUCAAUCUUACUCCUGAAGAAUGCCCAAGCCCCUAUAAAGGACGUCAAGGAUCCUGUGGAAAAAGGUGUUGAAGCCGAUGACUCGUUUGGUGAUAUUAAAGUCAAAAUACUUUCUGUGGGUGAUACGAAUGAAUGUGACCAAAGUCCUUCUGUUUGUCCAGUUAACCAAAACUGUGUAAACGAAGUUGGUUCUUACAAAUGUUAUUGUAAACGUGCCAACAGUAUUGUUAUAGCUGGUGACUGUGUUGAAACGAAUGUGUAUGAAGGAGAUAUGACUAUCGUGUCAGGCUUGACAUUCAAUGAUGAUCUCAAUAAAGAAGAGAGUAUUAUGUAUGUCGCUGUUUCGCAGGAUAUUGUAGACGAGAUUAUGAAGUUGGUCAAAGCAGCGACAGGUGAUUCAACAGCAGAGGCUAUUGUUGGCGUACAAGUAAUUGGCUUUUCGGAGGGAAGUGUGAAAGUGAGGUUGUUGUUUUACGUGAAGAAAGACAGCGGGAAAAAUAUGCAGGAUAUCCAAGCUUUUCUUAACAGAAGUUUGCCUAUGGUUAACAACCAACAAAUGUUGGGUCCACAAUACGUGAUACGAUCAUACAGCGUUUCAGACCACGACGAGUGUAAAUUUGACGGUUCUGGCCUGGGUGGUGCGCGUGUAAACUGCGGAUUUGGAGAAUGUGUCAAUGUUCUUGGUUCUUAUGUAUGUCACUGUAACGGCGUUGUUAGCAGUGAUGGAGAAUGUGUCCAACCUACGCCCGCGAAAAGUCCAGCAGAUCUUUUACAAGAUGUACCAGAAGAAGCAGAUGAUAGUAAAUGGUGGGUCGUAUAUGCUGUUGUGUUUGGAAUAUUGUUCGUUAUAAUACUCAUUCUCGCAGUUGCUUUGUUUUGUAUCGAAUGUUCACGUGGAUCGAACAAAGAAAGAUAUUUAGUGCACAGUCAGUACGAACUGAACGGUGGUCAGCAUGGAUACCAUCAUGACGUACGCAUAGACGAUGAAAUCGCCCCUGGAGGUCCUAGGAGCUUUAAAGGAAAUGAUUACAGUAUGGGUGAUGAGGUGAUUGCUUACAAGACUCCAAGGGACAGCAAAUCUGGCUUUUAUGAGAUCAACCCGAUUUACGAUGAGGCCAAAGGAGGAACAAUAAGAACUGAGAAGAGUUACAGCUCCGUAACUACCACCAAAGGUUCUGUGAGAUCAGAGACGGAGAGUGCUUAUCAUUCUACAACUAACGGUGAUGAUUCCCCAUCUAACAGUCCUCCUGUAAGUGAAACCCCUGAUACGAAUUUGUGAACUUCGAAGAACUCGAAACGUUUUAUUGCACAAUUUUAACCAACUAUAUGAACUUCUUUCAGAAAUAUAUACCAUACUUUUAUACUUAUGUACUUUGUCAAUGAACAGCUAGCUCGCUAUACUGGAGUGUUCAACAAUAAUUUUACUUAUAAUACUAUUUUAAAACAUCUCUCUCAACUUGUUGUAGAGUGAGUAAUUUUUAACAUUUUGCCACGUUUUUCAAUAAAUAAUUCUGCACCAAAUAUUGCACCCUGUGUCAUGUGUAAUUCAACUAAAUGUGAAACCUUACGCGUAUGAAGUUAACGCUGAUACUAGUACACAGCCUGAACAACAGCUUAGAGUGCAAGUCAGAACUCAGAAGAUAUAGAACCACGAGUUCAGCGGUCUAACUUUAUACAAAGUAGGAAAUGAUUUCUUAUUACAACGA